AUGCAAGAUGAGCUUCUUCCCUCUGAAGUCGAGCAAGUUGAAUCGCUGAUUCUUUCUCUCUAUGAACCAGCUUCACCCAGCACGAUUUCCAAGACGCAGGCAACGUUAUCACGGUUACAAGGUUCACCACAAGCAUGGUCGCUCGCCCACCACCUGCUUGGGCGCCCGGACGAGAAAGUCAAGUUUUUCGGCGCGCUCACCAUCAUCGUUAAGCUGAAUACCGAAAGUGCGUCUCUUACCGAUAGCGAUGCCACAGAACUCCUCGUCUCGCUCUUGGAAUGGUACAUUGGGGCCGUGCAACAAAAGACGGGAUCGCUCGUUGUACGGAAGCUUUCAUCUGCCUUGUCGACCUAUUUCCUAUAUUUCCACCGACUAUGCAGCCGCUACAUCUUUCAUCUUCUGGUUAGCCUGGCAUCAAAUCGAGCCUGGCAGCCUGGUACAAUCGAUGAGUCUGUGGACUUUAACGCCAUAUCAGAAAGCCUUACGGGAGUCCACUUACAUGCGGCUAUCUUGGUGAUUAGCAACAUUCUCGAAGAUGUUGCUCGUAUCGACCUGAACGCUGCAAGCAACGUUGGGCUAUACGACUCGGUUCUCGCAAACACUUCGGAUUCUGUAACGCUCAUCACCAUGUGCAUGAACCGAGAUGGUACUUCUCCGGAGGUCAAACAAGAUGCGCUGAGGUGUCUUCAGUCCUGGGUGAACUUUGCUCAAAAGACAUCAGCACGAAACAGUUACAUUGCCGACUCUCUGCGUCCCCUUAUCGGAGGCUCCAUCAACGCGCUGAUGGUGGAAGACUUGUACAAUGCAGCCGCGGAACUACUUAUCGAUGUGCUCUUCAAUUGGCCUUCUCUUUUCACCGAACAGCACUACACGGCGCUUUCCAACGUCCUCGAUACGGCGUGGUUUCAUAAUCUUUACGACCAGUUAAUCCAAGGUGACGGUGAUUUUGAAGCAACACAGCUCGGAUACGUGCUUCUCGCCUUUGGUGAAGCCAGGAUACAAAUUCUCAUUCAAGACGACAACGACCAAAACCGAAAUAUACUCUCCAGAUUAUGCGGCCUGCUUGCGGCCGAUGGCUACCCCGUUGCUGAGAACAAGAUUUUCGUUCCCGCCAUUGAGUUUUGGUCGACAUUCACGGAAUUUGUGUCAGAUAUGGAGAUGGAAUCAACCUCGGCAAGUUCACUAACCACGAUCAUGAUCCCAUACAUCUUUCAAGCAACGUCACACGCAUGGAAGAAGAUCAUCUAUCCACCAGCAGAUGAAUUUCACUCAUGGGACUCGGUUGAUCGCGUUGGGUUCAACGAUGCCAGAAAAGAUGUGGUGGAUUUCCUACAAGCCGUCUACGUCUUGAUUGGACCGAAACUUGUCGAGACUUUUUCAUCAUUGAUACUAUCCACCUUGGCAAAUUCCUCCUGGCUGGAAUUGGAGUCGGCUAUAUUCUGCCUGGGAGGCUUGGCAGACUGCAGUCAAGAAGACCCGCGCUGUGAUAGCUCCCUUGCUGCUGUCUUUGCAUCACCACUGUUUUCAGUACUUCGAAGUGGUCAGAAAAACAUACCGGCUCGAGUAAGGCAGACUUGCCUCACCCUGAUAGAGCAGUACACAGAAUACUUUGAAAGAAACACCCACCUUCUUCCAACUGCGCUCAGUCUUCUAUUCAAAGAGGUGUCAGAUCACUCAAUGGCCUUGCCAGCAUCCAAGUCCAUCCAUCGGCUCUGCUCAUCUUGUCGGUUACAUCUCUAUCCCGAAAUGGACAAUCUACUAGCCGAGUAUCAGAAGUUGGUUGCUACAGCGUCACUUGAUUGCAUUUCUCGUGAAAAGAUUGUUGGUGCGCUUGCGUCCAUUGCUCAAGCUAAUCCAGAAGACGACGAGAGGUAUGCCGCUUGUUCAGGGCUACUUGCUUUCAUACAAGACGAUGUGCAAAAAUCCAUGACACUGUUGAAUAUCACCAAUGAUGAAGCAUUGCCGCAUCAAAUGGAGAUGCCUUGCCCUGAUAUCGCCCCUCAAGAGCACAUUGGCUUGCAUAUUGCUCUGAGGGCCCUGAGGUGUCUAGCAAGCAUGGGAAAGGGCCUACAGUCACCCCCGGAAUUCUCUAUUGAUCUCGAGGCUGUUUCACCUCAGAAGGUACAGACGCCUAAACUGGUUGAGCUGCAGAAACAAGUUAUAGGCAUCAUCGUCGAGAUCCAGAACGUAUUCAAGGGAAGUUCAGAAGUCACGGAGCUAAUAUGCAGCGUUCUUCGCAGCGGCUUCUCCGAAACCGAGCCGGGGCCGUUCGUUCUCACCCCUGAUGAUAUAGUAGCUUUUCUGGUGGGACAUUCAAAAGACACACCUAGAAUUGGCAUUAUUGUCAGCAUGGCGUGUUCGUUUGUUAGUUCCCUCUCUCCUCACACGAUAGGCCAGUAUCACAAGAUACUCUCAGAGGUCCUCGUUUGGGUAAUUGGGCUGCUAAAACAGCUUCCCGAGCCUGGAUCAGAGCCUGAACUUGUGCAGAACGGCAUUGAUCUCGUGAGCCGAUUGCUGACAAGGAGCCCUGGCACUUUUAUCGGGCUCCAACCAUCAGACGCAAUCGAGUUCUUUUUCCUAUUCACAUUGCAAGUUUUGGAUGGAAAGGAGCCGUUGCCCAAGGCAGCUGCCGCUGAAUUUUGGACUGCGUUUGUCGGCACGCGAGGAGAUGAAGAAGAGCUUCAGAACACUUUCCAGAGGGCUAUGGACACUCUAGGGCCAUUGCUUGGCCAAUCCCUUGCCCGAAACAUUGGAGGUAAUGCCCUACGUAGUGAGCUGGAUCGACUGUGCGAACCCUUGAGGAAGCUUGUGACCAGAUACCCAAUGGCAAAAGACUGGCUGCAGUCCGGGCUGGAACAUCCUUCAUUCCCGAGCGAAAAGGUUUCUGCAGAGCAAAAGUCGCUCUUUGUGAAGAAAAUAAUCAGUCUUAGAGGUUCUCGAACGACAAAUCAGGUCGUCAGAGAUUUCUGGUUAUCCGCGAGGGGUGCCAACUUUGCAUACGCAUCAUAA